AUUCAUUCCUCGUCACCUUCCCCGACUUGACAGAGGCAGUUCCUAUCUCAAACAAUACUCCAGCACAUCUUCACGAACUUUUGGCUGAUGGUUGCAUAGUGAAAUCGCCCCGACGAACCAGGACGAACCGUAUUUGACGAUAGACGAUGAACUUUCAUGCCAUGGACUGGCUUCCUGAUUCUAUAGCUGCUGCCGUCUCCCUCUGUACUGCAGUCUUGUCAACUCAAUACGAUCUUCGAAGUGCUAGUCAAAGAAUACCGGGGCAUGAGAAUGGCAUCUCCAGCGCAACAGGAAGCGGUGUCAAGAUUCUGGGUGCCUGUAUAAGGCAGUGCGGGGGUUCAACAGCAGUUCCCUCCUCCAGGAUAUUCUGGAUGCUGCAGAAAGGCAUCGUGCGAGGCUUCCAAAGCAUUCUCCGACUAGGGCGGAACGACACUCACAUCUCAGAAAGUCUUUUCAAUCCGUCGCCCUUGACCGUCUUCGCCGGAUGGAUGAUCGUCGCUUUGGCGCUAUCCAUAACAUUGGAGGUAUCUGAUGGCAGACGACGCCAUGCGAUCUUCCUUUCCUAUGGCAUCCUCGUUUCAAUCAUACUGGGUGUCGUUGAAUGCGCUCCAUUGAGUAGCGUACUUUUGACCAACGUUCCAUGGUCUGUGGCUAUCGGGCUUGCGUGUUGCGCGGUGUACCCGCGCCGCAAAAACGUACCCCAGUAUCCAGAUGAUGAGAAAGAUGGAUAGCACAACCAAACUCUGAUGGUCGAAGAAGCUACUAGCGAACCUAAAUUCCUGAGAAAAGACGCUCGGCUCAAACACAAUGCUACUAACGAGACCGGACAGUCUCAAGUUUGGCAACCAAGAGCGAGAAGGACAGUCACCCAUCGGAAAGGUGGCUGCAAUUGAGUCGGCUAAGACAUCUUCCUCUUACCGACAUUGUUGGCUCCGGACACUGCAUCUCGGAGCGCGGAAAGGGGAGUCGAAACCAAAACACGAAAGCAAGGAAUGGGUUGAAAGAAGAAUGAUGGAGGAAACCGAGUUUAAAGAAAAGGGUGGGGCUCUUUCCCGAUCGGCUAUUGUACCUUGGCAGGACAACAACUUGCCCGGAUCCAGCGACUAAUAAUUAGUUUGACGUGGAAUGAGCAUAUAUUGCAC